AUGUCUGCCAAUUUUUUUUUCACGGUUAAACACCUUUCGAUCAUUAAAAACGUGAUGAUGAUGAGCGUAAUUCCCAUACAAACAUUAACUGCCGUGAGUAAGCUUAUACAGGGAACGAGACCCCUCGGAGAAAUCCUUUAUCAACAGAGUCAAAGACCCUUGGCUAGCAUGUCUUAUCAACAAUAUCAAAGACCACAAAGGAGACCUCAAAGUAGACCGCAAAAUAGGCCGCAAAGAAAUCCAAAACCGCAAAGAAUAUCCAGGCCACAAAAUCAAAGAAUACAAACGUCUUAUCAUACGUCAACGAUAAGGGGAACAAGAUCGAGAGCUUCGAAAAUUGCUGGACUUUAUCCAGCUUCGGACGGUUCAACAUUUAAAAUUUAA